ACCCUCUUCACAUGCCAUUUGUCUUUACUAUAUAUUCGCCUGAUACCUCCACAAAGUGCGACACAUUGCUUAUCUCCAGUUAAUAGGCAUGACCUUGAUACAGACCCAUACACAUCCAUCAUGUCAUACCUUAGUGACCCCGGGAUAGGCUGUUCGGAACGCCAUAGCAACUGUAAGGACGCUCUCGCAUGCUCAGGACCAUCUGGCAGCAGUCGUCGAUCCCUUGGAUCGAGCUCGAAUCUGUCAUUGUCGUCGAUAACUAAAAAUCCGCUGGGUUGGGUUGAGGAUAGCUUCAACGCAUAUCGAGAUGGCCUCUCAAAAGAAGAACGGAAGGAACGAGUUGACCGGGAAAAUCGCAAGCAGGUGGUUUACCUGAAGAUGCGCAAUGCUAUGUCGUACGACGAAUGGAGAGACUGCGCCUACGAACUAGACGAGCUGGAGGGCCAUAACACUUGGAAGAAGACCUUUGAAUGCUCCGAUUACAACCCCGAUCAAGUCCAAGAACGGUUAAACCAGCUUGAAGACGCCCGGAUCAGUUGCGACGUGGGACGGAUGUUGUUUCUGAUUCGCACCUCGUUGAACCGUGAUCUGGGUGGCAUGAGUAACGCCUCUUUGUACAGACACUCGCAUGUUGGUACGAAGGAUUUGAUCGACCAGUAUAUUACCACUGCUGUCGACACGAUCAAUACUCUGGUGAUUCUUUCGGAACAGAACCGUGACGAGGCGGAGCUCAAAUACAUCCUCGACCAGUUGCUUGCAACCAGGCAGGCUUUUGGCAGAAGUGCCCUGCUUUUCUCGGGUGGCGCUACCUUUGGAAUGAACCAUAUCGGGGUACUCAAGGUCCUGUGGGAGAAGAACCUGCUACCACGCAUUAUUUCGGGCGCGUCGGCUGGGAGUAUUAUCUGCGCUGUGUUCUGCACACGUACGGAUGAUGAGCUACCCAUUCUCUUGGAUACGUAUGCGUACGGUGAUUUCAAUGUGUUCAACGAGCAAGCAAAUGAAGAGAAUAUCUUGCAGAAAACGGCACGGUUCUUGAAAUACGGCUCGUUUUUGGACAUCUCCCAUUUGGCCAAGGUCAUGAGAAACUGGUUGGGGGAUAUCACAUUCCAAGAGGCCUACAACAGGACACGGAGAAUACUUAAUAUUUGCGUCUCUAGCGCCGGGGUCUACGAACUGCCACGAUUAAUGAACUAUUUGACUGCGCCUAAUGUGCUCAUUUGGUCGGCUGUGGCUGUAUCCUGCUCUGUUCCUCUUGUAUUUAGACCAUUUGUUCUCAUGGCUAAGGAUCCCAUUACCGAAGAACCUGUGCCUUGGAAUGAUCUUCACAGACAAUAUAUCGACGGCUCUGUAGACGGCGAUUUGCCCAUGACCCGCUUGUCGGAGAUAUUCAAUGUCAACCACUUCAUCGUGUCGCAAGUAAAUCCACAUGUGGUCCCUUUUCUUCCAAAAGACGAGGGUCCAAACGAUUAUACGGGCCCCGACUCGAACUCGUCCCCUGGAUGGUUGCAUACCAUAACAAACCUUGCCAAAGAGGAGAUUCUUCACCGCAUGGCUGUUUUGUCGGACUUGGGCGUGUUUCCCACUUCGUUGACCAAGAUUGCCUCCAUCAUGAAUCAAAAGUACUUUGGCGAUAUCACCAUUUAUCCGGAAAUACAGUACUCAGAUAUCCGGCGAGCUCUCACCAACCCGACAACCGAAUUCAUGCUCCAGUCAUGCAUAAAUGGGGAACGAGCGACAUGGCCCAAAAUGGGGCGCGUCAGGAACCACGUUGCGAUUGAACUGGCUCUCGAUUCAGCAGUCCAGAAGAUGCGUGCAAGGGUCGCACUAAGCAAUAACCCUCUCGACAUGAGGAGGCUUACCCGGCAUUCAACAGAUCCCUUUGAUAGCAGCGGAGACCAUGGGCACAUAAAUCACCACCCAAGGCGAAACUCCUUUAGCCACGAAGCCGAACCAACCAAGCGAGUCCGUUAUAACUCGUCAAGUCGUCGGUUGAAGAGGUCCCAAAGUGUUGUGUCUUUCGAACAACCAGUUCGUGCUCGGCCAGCUCAUUCGGACUCUGUCAUACAAAAUUGGGACGACAUUCACGAGACUACCCCAGCAAGGUCUGGUGACGGUCCAUCGAUAUCGCGAACUAGUAGCAGGCGACCUAAUCCCGCAAGCCGUCGUGCGUCUUGGGGGGCAUUAUCCGGAGCUGCAUCUGUUAGCUCUAGCCAGCAUAUUCGACCUCGCUCUCGACGAUCUUCUAGCAGUUCUUCCUCAUGGCAAUCCAUUCACUCAGAUGAACCCACAUCCUCACAGGCGCAUUCAUGGCCCAGUCCUAUGUCACCUCUAUGCGGCCUACUAAAAAUGACACCCAAGACCAGCGACAAUUACUUCGACUUGUCACGGCAGAAUAGCCUCUACUGAUUGUCUUUCCCAUUUGGGUAUUUAUGACCUUGUUUCGCAUUGAUUGAAUCAGCUGCAGACGGCGCGUUGACGGCGCGUCCGAUUAGACUUCAUCUUGGCCAUUGCUUGACACGCUUGGCAACCCACACAGAACAGACGACGCACGGCGUAAAUCGGCGUUUAGACGAUAUGAUAAUUGUGUUUGUUGAGCGUUUGGUCCUGGGCACAGCAUGAUUAGCCACGUAUAUGCAUGCCGCUUGGCCAAUAAUUAGUAUGGUAUGAUUUGAGUGGUUACUGCGUACAUCUUGGACAAUUCUAUAAUGGCUUACUGUUGUCUUGUAUUGAUAGAAAGCAACCACAAUAUUUGAGAUGUGUUUGCUCUACAAAGUACAAUUUGCAUCAGUACCAUCCUAUACAACAAACCAACACCAAAACCAACACCAGCAAACCAGCCCCGCAUCAUGACUCACUAAAAUAGAACCAACCUGAC